GUGGCGCCUGCUUUGUCAGAGCGAUCGAUGCUACAUGCUAGCAGAUAGCUUUUGUUGUGAUUGAACAUUGAAAGAUUUAUUUCUAGUCCAGUAGCUUCGAUUUUAAAAAAUCGUUCGUUGAAACACUUUGCACAAUGAGUGGUGGAGUGUAUGGAGGCGAUGAAGUGGGAGCGUUGGUGUUUGACAUUGGUUCGUAUUCUGUAAGAGCUGGCUAUGCGGGAGAAGAUUGUCCCAAGGCGGACUUCCCAACAGUGAUUGGUGUUACUAUUGACCGGGAUGAUGGCAGUACACCUAUGGAAACGGACGGAGACAAGAGCAAGCAGAGCGGCACCACCUACUACAUCGAUACCAAUCAGCUGAGGGUUCCCAGAGAGAGCAUGGAGGUCAUGUCUCCCCUAAAGAACGGCAUGAUUGAGGACUGGGACAGUUUCCAGGCAAUUUUGGAUCACACGUAUAAGAUGCACUUCAAGUCUGAACCCAGCCUACAUCCUGUGCUCAUGUCAGAAGCAUCGUGGAACACGCGAGCAAAACGAGAGAAGCUUACAGAGCUGAUGUUUGAGCAUUACAACAUUCCUGCCUUCUUCCUCUGUAAAUCAGCUGUACUGUCUGCCUUUGCUAAUGGGCGGUCCACAGGUCUGGUCCUGGACAGCGGAGCCACACAUACAACAGCAAUCCCAGUGCAUGAUGGUUAUGUCCUUCAGCAAGGUAUUGUAAAGUCGCCUUUGGCUGGUGAUUUCAUGAGCAUGCAGUGUAGGGAGUUGUUUCAAGAGUUAAGCGUGGAGAUAAUCCCUCCCUACAUGAUUGCAUCAAAGGAUCCAGUGCGGGAGGGGGCCCCGGCCAGCUGGAAGAAAAAGGAGAAACUACCUCAAGUCACUCGGUCUUGGCACAACUACAUGUGUAAUUGUGUAAUCCAGGAUUUCCAGGCGUCUGUCCUGCAGGUUUCAGACUCUCCAUACGAUGAACAAGUUGCUGCUCAGAUGCCCACAGUCCAUUAUGAACUCCCUAAUGGCUACAACUGUGACUUUGGUGCGGAGAGGCUAAAGAUCCCAGAGGGACUGUUUGACCCCUCCAAUGCCAAGGGCCUGUCUGGAAACACCAUGUUAGGAGUUGGCCAUGUGGUGACAACCAGUGUAGGAAUGUGUGACAUUGACAUUCGACCGGGUCUGUACGGCAGUGUGGUGGUGACGGGAGGAAACACGCUCAUCCAGGGCUUCACUGACCGAUUAAACAGAGAACUUUCCCAGAAAACCCCUCCAAGCAUGAGACUGAAGCUGAUUGCCAACAACACUACGGUGGAGCGCCGGUUCAGUGCGUGGAUAGGAGGCUCCAUCCUGGCAUCACUGGGAACCUUUCAGCAGAUGUGGAUCUCGAAACAGGAAUAUGAAGAAGGAGGAAAGCAGUGUGUGGACAGGAAGUGUCCUUGAUUCUACAUCCAGCCUCAACCUUUCCUUCUCCAUAUUCUUCUAGCUCAACUUCACGAGGAAUCAACCUCCGACCCAGACUCAGAAACAGUCAACUCUCAUUUUGUAUGAUUUGUUUUUAAAUCUGAAUUGGUCGUCUGUUAGGAUCUUAAAAAAAAAAAAAAGAAUAGAAAAAAAAAUUCAACUCAAGAUCCUUUUUUUUAAUAGCCAAAACAGUUAGACUGUUGCCUUCUCUGUUACCUGCUGAUGGAAACUUUGGGUCAUCAAAAAGUUGUUUCCAAUUACACUGGGAGAAAUGAGUAAUUAGGGUUGUACAGGAUCCCAGCAGAAAACUGGUAAGAUGUUGUGUGAUAAGGGUCUUUAUUUGGAGGAAGAAUCAUUUAGCAGGAUGUGAAUGUGUUUUGUUAUUGUCAUUUCGUGUACUUGGUAAAUUCACGAGUUGCCGGUCAGUUGUUGCCCCUGGUUACUCAUAUUUCAACUAAAAAUCUGUAUUUAAUUUUCAUUUUUACUUGUCAUUAGCUACAUAUGACCUUUGAAAAAUAAAGUCAAUUUUGUUAUGA